CUGCGAUGCUGAGCUGCGCUCUGUCAGAGUCAUACGAGCGGACCUGACAGAGCCCAUGUUGGUAAUGUAUGCGCAGCCUGACGAGGAGGAGGUGGAGCAGGAGAACACCUUUGAGGUGACCGAGGCCAUUCCUGACGUGGAGCUGUUUGGCUACCGUACCACCACGUGCUCCAUCCACGUCCUCAGUGGAGCAUGGAUAGCCUACUCUCACGUGGACUUCUCUGGUGACCAGUAUAUCCUGGAGAAAGGUUUCUACAGUAACUCUGCUGACUGGGGCUCUUCAGACAACCACAUCUGCUCUGUCCAGCCCAUCUUACAGGCUCCAAGUGAAAACCAGGGCAGCGUCAGAAGUGUGGUGAUGCUGUACACAGAGCCAUAUUUCCAGGGUGAAUGCCAUGUGUGUGACAAGAACCAGGAGUCCCUCUCUGAUAAACUCAUCGCCAAGUCCUGCAGAGUGGUGGGAGGAAGUUGGGUGGUGUACGAGGGCCGUGAGUUUUCAGGGAACCUGUACAUCCUGUCAGAAGGAGACUACCCCAACUUCACCAGCAUGGGCUGUCCUCCGAACUGUGUCAUACUUUCACUGAAGACUGUCCCACUGGUAUUCUCAGUGCCCUCCGUCUCACUGUUUGGUCUGGAGUGUUUGGAGGGCAGGGAGAUCACAGUGGACACAGAGGUGGUCAAUAUGCUGGAGGAGGGCUACAACAACCAUCUACUCUCUGUCAGAGUCAACCGAGGCUGCUGGGUGAUGUGUGAGCACAGUAACUACAGGGGACGGCAGUUCCUAUUAGAACCCAUUGAAAUCACCAACUGGCCCAAAUUCAGUCAGAUUUUCACCAUUGGCUCAAUGUACCCAGUACGACAGAGGCGGCACUUCUUCCGCAUCAAGAGCAAGGAGCGAGGUCACUUCCUGUCCAUCCAGGGCGGCGUAGAGGAAAUUAAGUCGGGACGCGUGGUUGUGACCGAGCAGGUGGAGGGCAUGAGCGACAUCUGGUUCUACCAGGAGGGCCUCAUCAAGAACAAGUUGGCUCCUGCUAUGAGCCUGCAGGUGAUGGGGAACGUGGAGGCGGGGGCUAAGGUGGUGCUGUGGUCAGAGACCCGGCAGCCUGUCCAGACCUGGUCAGCCCAGAUGAGAGGCACCAUCUGCAGCCUCACCUUCCCUGGCAUGGUAUUGGACAUCAAGGGUGGCAAGCAGUACGACAGAGACCAUGUGGUGAUUUUACCAGAGAGUGAGGAGAGGCCUUGCCAACAGUGGGAGCUGGAGCUGCUGUAACCUUCCAAUAACCUUCCCUCAACCCACACCCUUCACCCGCUCCUCCAAUACAAUACAUUACAAUAUCCCCAACCCCUCAGAACUCCUGCUUUUGAGCCUGUGGACAUGGCCUUUAGGAAUCACCACAGACUUAACCUUGUGUAAUCAUCGUCAGGCACUCUCAAGAGGAUCUGAGAACAUCUUCAUUGCAGUUAAAGGGUUUUUCUUUAAUACCGUGAAGAUUCAUAUGAGGAUUUACUUUUUGCCUGAAUGUGAGGACAGCAGCAUACGUACGACUCAACAAUAAACAACCAGUGCCUUUAGAUGUGGUCAACUGGAGAGGAUGGGAAGGGUAGUGCUUAUUUUCCCCUCCCUUAAAAUUGGGUUAUUCUAUUUACAGACAUUCUCCCCUCUCAGAUUCUUCCUUGACUUGGAUGGUAUGCCCCGGCUUAGCACACACAGUAGUGGACGGAACCAUUCACUUGAACCCACCAUUGAUUAUUGGGGAGGUCAAGUUAGAUCUACUAUAUGGUGCAUCAUCUGUGGCUACAAGCAGUAUAUUUAAGAUGUAUUCAUGAAGGAAGCCAAAUCUAUGCACAUUAUUUUCUGAAUUGGCUUAUUUUUGUAUUUUAUUUGUAUUUUGUUUGACUAUGUAAUUUACUACGUUUUGGGAAAACAUUGGAUGGGGAGUGUAUUCUUUAUGCAGUAUAAUACAUACACAAUACAUAUAAUAAUGUAUGAUGCAGUGCAAUGACCCUGUGGGCUUUUAUGCAUUUCCUGUCUAAUGCUACUGUGUGUUUUUCAAGGUGGGGUUUCUAUUUCACUAUGGUAUUACUACGGUAUUUUCAUAGAUAUUAAUCAUACAUUGCCAAUCACUGUCAACAUACAGGUUACUUUCUUAUUUUUAUAUAUAACACCAAAUACCUUGCACCUCCAUGCAUUAUUAUUUGAUACCAAAAAUAGAAUGUGAAAAGAAAUAUGAGUGGUUUUAAAAUAUAUAAAUAUUAAAUAAAACUAUCAAAAAUGAAACUGUUAUCAAUUGUUGUUCAAAUGUCUUGUUAAUCUAAAAUGUGUCUUGUUCUUUCAUAGAUCUUCAAUUAAAGAUAAGUUACAGUAUACUGUCAUGUAUUCCAUGGAGAAAGAUAAUCUGGGUCAUCCUGGGCUUUCACGUUAUUAUAAUGCAGACAGGUCAAAGGUGAGGAGUGGUACUGUCUGACUAUCAUCUAGAUUGGCUAUCAAGAUUCACACAGACAUAAUCUAGAAACACUGAGCAAGCUGUUCUGAAUACCAUGGUGAUGUGUGUACAAGAUACAGGACUGUAACGCAUGAGACAAGAAAACUGAUAGUGUAAUAUGUGGCCUACUAUGUACAGAACAUACUAUGCAUAAGUACAUACUAGUAGCUCAAGGUUAAAUAAAUAGGUUUUAUUAGUGGUCUAAUACUUUACAAAAGGCACAUACUGUAGCUCAAGUCUGCAUUUACACAUGCAAUACAAUGAACUAAAUGACAAUAGAGGUAAGACGUAAUGAUACUGGAUACAUUUUAAAUGGUGACUUCUACAUCCAACCAGCUAAAGUGGAACAAAAUCGUACAUUAUAUCCAUCCAACUGAUACACGCUCCAUAACUUCCCAUUGUUGAUAGUGGCCGCACACAGUAAAACCCACAUCUCUCAUAUUUAUUUCUGUACUCCAGGCACAGAGUACAGACAAUAUGCAAGGCACUAGGCGGACACAGUAAGGAAGAGAGUGGACCUUUUCAAUUUUCUCACCAAACCAGCUAAGCAUUGUAUUUGUAAUGGAACUCCAGCUGCCUCUUUGUCUAGUAAAUACCUUCAGAAAGUAUUCACACCCAUUGACUUCAUCCACAUUUUGUUGUGUUACAGCCUGAAUUUCAAAUGGAUUACAUUUAGAAUUUGUCUCUCUGGCUUACACACAAUGCCUGAUAAUAUCAAAGUGGAAUAAUGUUUUUAGAAAUGUUUACAAAUUAAUUAAAAAUUAAAGCUGAAAUGUCUUGA